AUGCAAAAUCUUUGUUUAUACAAUACACGAACAAUAUCAUUAUCUGAUUUAACUGGUGCUAAUAUUGUUCGAUAUUUUGAUAUUGAUUCAGACAAACAAAUAAUCUAUCUUUUAACUUCUUAUUCUAUAUAUUCAUUAACAUUAAAAAAUGAAAAACUUAAAUCUAUUUAUUCAUCAAUUGAUCAAACAAUAGCAUUAGAAGAUUUAUGUUAUCUUUCUGAAUUAAAUCAUUUAUGUUUAGGUUUAUCAAAUGGUGAUUUAAUAUCAUUACAAUUUGAUAAUGAUAUUGAUGAAAAUCUUAAUGUUAUUGGUACAUUAGAAGAAUCAUAUAAUGAUUAUGUACCUAUUGCUGAAACAUUACUUGAUACAAGUGAUUUUGGUGAACAAAAAUUAGUAAAUGUUGGUUGGAGUUCAAAAACAAUACAAUUUCAUGGUUCAGCUGGUAAAAAAACUGCUCUUGAAAAUAUUAAUAUCAUACCAACAAAAUUAAAAUCUGAUGAUGAUGCUGGUCGUAGUCAUAUUGUUUGGCGUGAUGAUGGUGAUCUAUUUGCUGUAUCAUUUAUUUCAUUAAAAAAUCAAUGGCGUAUAAUAAAAAUUUUUAAUAAACAAGGUCAAUUACAAGCAACAAAUGAAACAUCAUUAAAUGGUUAUAUUGAAUCAGCUAUAGCAUGA